GGCAGGAGCCCAGGACACUGACCAGCCCCGAAAGCCCCGUAACCUGCUGAAAGCUAGAGCACCGGGGGCGCUGAGAGGCAGAGCUAGUGGCAUCGGUCAGCGGGGGAGAGGAGUGUGCAGCCUGGUCACUGAACAGUGGGGGACAGGAUCAGGCAGUGGUCAGUGUGACACAGGAUCCCGGGCAGUAGUCAGUGUGAGACAGGAUCCCGGGCAGUGGUCAGUUUGGGGCAGGAUCCCGGGCAGUGGUCAGUGUGACACAGAAUCCCGGGCAGUAGUCAGUGUGACACAGAAUCCCGGGCAGUAGUCAGUUUGGGACAGGAUCCCGGGCAGUGGUCAGUGUGAGACAGGAUCCCAGGCAGUGGUCAGUGUGACACAGAAUCCCGGGCAGUAGUCAGUUUGGGACAGGAUCCCAGGCAGUGGUCAGUGUGAGACAGAAUCCCGGGCAGUGGUCAGUUUGGGACAGGAUCCCUGGCAGUGGUCAGUUCGGGAUAGAAUCCCGGGCAGUGGUCAGUUUGGGACAGGAUCCUCGGCCCUGUGGCAGAGUGAUUAAGGAAUCUGAGCAAGGUGUUUGUAAUCAUAAUGAGCUCCCCACUCUCAUCUCUAGGAAAAUUACGGAAAGUAUCAGUCCUCCUGCCAGAGCUGCAGGAUCAUCGCAAACAAGCAGUGUGUUUUGAAAAGGACUGCUACACAGACUCAAGUAUCAGUGAUGCUGAGCUCAUGUCCACUAUGGUGAAACGGCUGACCGAUAUGGAACAGCGGGUGCGAAGCCAGGCACAGGAGAUCAGCAGGAAGAACCAGAAAAUUGCUGUGUUGGAAGAAAAGCUGAGUUUACUCCAGCUGUCCAAUGCUGAUAAACCCAAAAGAAAGCAGGAGUUGGAAAAAUUACAUCAGCUUCAGAAUCAAGUGUGGGAAAUGGAGAAAUUCCUGAGUGAUUAUGGGAUGAUUUGGGUUGGUUCAGAAAAGGAUGAGACCAGCAAUGUGUAUUUGAAGGAAGAGGAAGAGCCUCAGGAGGUUCCCAAUCCCAGUGAGCUACCUUCACACCCAGGUGAUACAGCUUUGAAAUCUUUUCAAAUGGACUUUAAUUUGGUUGUAGAAAAUAUAAAAGAUUUGAAUAUUCUGGCUGGUGAAGGUGAAGCUAGGGUGGAACACAUCACAGGCGGAGCUCGGCUAAAGAGACCAGACCCUGUACCACUUUCACUUUUCAAGAAUGGAAUUGUGAUGUUUAAUGGUCCGUUCAGGUCAUACGAUGAACCUUCAACUCAGUAUUGCAUGCAAGAUAUCAUGGAUGGAUAUUUCCCAUCAGAGCUGCAGAACAGGUACCCAGAAGGAGUUCCAAUUAAGGUGACCGACAGGAGAGAUUUGAUCUUCCGGGACAGACAGUUACAUGCAGAAUUCCCCGGCAUGGGACAAACGAUAGGUGGGUGCUAUACCCCUGGAGUCUCCAAACAGCAAAAUUGUGGGGUUGUAAAGGAGACAAGUGAAAUUCCAGGCCCAAAGCUGUCAGUGGAGCAAUUUCUGAACAAACUGCCUAAAACUAUCAUCCGGGCUGGGAAGGUGAUUGAUAUCAGAGGAGACAUCAAAGACAUUCUUCAGGUCCCUUCCAAACCAGCCAAUGAAAAUACGAUUUUGAUUGAAACUCCAACACUAGCAAAACUAAGAGAGAGGUUGGCAUUCAGUGAGGGAAAUGACCGAGGAUUGAGAAAUAUCUCCACGCUCAGGAUCAAGUCGGAGGAUGGAGAGAAGAUGUACAUAGUUAAAAUGCUUUUCACUGAGACAGUUGGGGCCCUUCGCUCUUACCUCAACCAGAACAGGGGAAAGCAACAGGCUGAUUAUGACAUUAUCAGCACCUUCCCUCAACAAGUCUACAGCGAUCAGUCCAAGACUCUGAAGGAGUACGGGCUCAUUCCAAAUGCCAUGCUCAUCCUCCAAGCCCGAAAACCCCAGCUCCUUGACCAAGAGAAGGGUGCACUCAGUCAGGAUGAGGAAUAAUCUCAAUAGAAGAAGGAGGACCUCCAGUCCAGCUGUUGGUGCAUCAACACCUUUCCAUUCCCCUCAAACCUGAGCUAGGAAAACAAGUUCACAUUCACCCACGAACACUGGGAGGAGACCAUAGCAACGGAGUCUCACUGAGUGUAAGAAAAUGCCCAGGGAAAACUCCAAAAUGUAUUAACAAAAGUUAUCAGCAACUCUUAUAUUUUUGACUUUGUUUUUCAUUUAAACAGUAAAUAUUGACACAAGUGACCAGGUGCUGAUUGCAAUGAUAAAUGUCCAAAAUGACCAAUUAAUUACCAAUUGACUUGUAAAUUCAGCAACAAUGAUGUUGCCAAGAAAGGUCAAUGGUCAGAGUCCUCUAACCCUAUCCUCCAGACACACACACACAUCCACAAACAUGCAAAUUUAAACCAGUGUAUCAACAUCCAUAAUCUGCUAAACUUGCUGUGAAAAAUAAAACAAAAGAUUUGUCUGUGUUGUUUAAUUUUCACUUCUAAGUCAUUAAAACCAGACACAGGACCUGCCUGCAGUUAUUCUUUUAGCCUUCACCAGAAUGCAAACAUUUAAAUAAUACAAUUUAGCCCAUGGUAAAACAGACUGUAGUACAGGUAUUGGUCAUUUUUCUAUUCCAUCAAAAUACUUCUAAUAAACAUUUUAAUAAAAGUUGGUUAAUGAAAAUGAAAGCUGCCCUAUUUAACAGUAUCUAGAGAAACUUAUUCUUUUGGUUCUGUAAUUAGUUGACUAGAUUUGCAAUGCAGAGUGUCACCAAUAACGUGAAUUCAAUUCCCGGAUGGGCUGAUGGUACAGUGAGGGUCUCUCCUCCUCAACCU